GGCGUUGCAGCAAAGCAGGAGCGAGCGCUGCUCGCACGUGAUUGGUGUGCUGCUGCUGACACUUUUCGCUAUAUAAACCUGUGUUUGAGAUUCGCCAGCGGUUAGUUUGCCUCGAGUUCUGUAUUCGAUUCAACGUACGAAAGUCUCCUGCGAGAGAAUUGAUCAUGCCACCUAAAGCUAGCGGCAAAGCGGUGAAGAAGGCCGGAAAGGCUCAAAAGAACAUCAGUAAAACUGACAAGAAAAAGAAGAGGAAGAGGAAGGAGAGCUAUGCGAUCUACAUCUACAAGGUAUUGAAGCAGGUUCAUCCUGACACCGGAAUCUCCAGCAAGGCUAUGAGCAUCAUGAAUAGCUUUGUUAACGAUGUAUUCGAGCGCAUCGCGGCUGAAGCAUCACGCCUGGCUCACUACAACAAGCGCUCGACAAUCACGUCUCGGGAGAUCCAGACUGCUGUAAGGCUUCUUCUGCCCGGCGAAUUGGCCAAGCACGCUGUUAGCGAAGGAACAAAGGCGGUUACCAAAUACACGAGCUCGAAGUAAACUGCUAUUACCAAAACGGCCCUUUUCAGGGCCACCAAUUAUCUUUCAACAUUGGAUACUCUCUUGUGUUAUAAGCAUUUUUUAAUUUCUCUUAAUAUGCAUGAAACAUGCAAUUUUUCAAAAAUUUUUAAUUAUAAGUUAAU